CAGCCAGCCUCUUGUGAAGAGGCCCAGUGUGUGGCGGUCCAGGCCCCGUCUUAGGAAUCGUCAGCCACACUGAUAAUCCAGGUGCUCUUUCCUGGGAAUAUUCAGACUGGCAUUUCUAAACAGGCUGGCUUAUUGAUGAUCUGUCAACAAUGUUAACAAGCAGAGACUCCAGACAAAAAAAUGUUUGGUUAAUAAGUCCCUCAGGCCUGCUCCCAGGGUGCUUGAGAGGAUGCAGUUGUUGAGGAGUUAGGAAGUUCUGCUAGGUACUGUCAGUGGCAUAGGAGAGAAGCUAAGGGAAUCCAGCCCCUGAAACUGGCGCUCAGGAGAGCAGUCAGUACUGGUGGCAUCAGCAUUGAUGGCGCCUUGGUGGUGUUUCUCGAGGUGGGCACGUCUACCUCUCCCCACUCAGAGGAAGCAGGAGUGAGCUGGCCAGUCCUAAACAAUCACAUCUCAAGCUGCUGCUUGUGUUCCAAACUCUGCUUUGAGUAAAAAAAGAGGAAGAAGGUUUCUGUGGGACAGGAAGAUUCAGCAUCUCCCACGUGCCAGGGCCUCCAGUGCCUCCUGGUGCCUGCUGUGGGUCGGGUGGGCAAGGCCUAGAGUCCUGCCCAGAGAGAUGCCAUUUAUGUCCCCAGGACCUCCCCUGCUGGUCUGUGAAGAGUGCAGCUCCCAGGGAACCCAGAUCUUUAGUCACCAACCUGGAGCCUUUGGGUGCCUGCCUCGGGUUGAACAUGAUGAACUCAGAACAUGGCUUCUUUCUUCUGUCUCGUGUGUACGGCAGAGGGAAGCCUCCUGGUUAGCAGGGAAGAGCUUUGAGGCUGGCUCUUGACAAAGCUGUGAGUCCCAUCUUUAUUCAGAUUUACUUAUUAAGAUUUUCUUCUUAACACAAGACAUGAAUAGAAAAUAAUUCUACAUUUUUUAUUUCUUUUAUGAGUAAGGAAUGGAUAAAGGAUAAUAAGGCAGAUAGAAUUUCACAGAGUUACUUGUAGGUGUGUUCUGGGUGCAUCCCCUCCUCACGGGUCCUGGUGACGGACAUCGCCGUCCACUCAGGACCCCCUCCCUUCCUGGUGGUCUGCCCCCUCUCCUCACUGCAGUAGCCCCACAGGCCUCUCCUUCUCUCAGGACCUUCCGGCUGCUGGGGCAGCAGCAAUCUGUGGAAGGUAAAGCCACCUGUGCCUGGGAAGCCCCUGGCGGGUGUCUGCCUGUCUCUCUCCUGCAGGUUACUGGGGCCUGUCCACUGUGGGAGCUCCUCGAGGCUCUGUGUGGGUUGGUGGCCCUUCUCUGGGCUUCUGGGACCCCACGCCUUCCCGGCUGUACGUACCCUGUCAUUUUUUCAAGGAGAAGCUUUGGCCUGCUGUCUGAUUUUCCACACAGCGUAAGGUUGCCUGGACUGGCCAUGUUGUCUCGUGUGUCAGAACUUGGCUCCUUCCAGGAGUUUUUGGUCAUGAAGAGGAAGAGAGGCAGGCCUAAGGGGUCCACAAAGAAGCCCAGUGCUGAAGAGGAGCUGGUGGAAAACUUUGUGAACCCUAGCGACGAGGGUCCACUGGCUCCAGAGGAAGGGGCUGGCUUGACCCCGAGCAGCCUGGAGUGUGGCAAGUGCUGUCGGAAGUUCUCCAACACGCGCCAGCUGCGGAAGCACAUCUGCAUCAUUGUGCUGAAUUUGGGUGAGGAGGAAGGAGAAGCAGGUAAUGAGUCGGAUAUUGAACUAGAAAAGAAGUAUAAAGACGAUGAUCGAGAAAAGGGCCCGAAAAGACCUCGGGCGCAGAAAACAGAGAAGGUCCAGAAGAUCUCAGGAAAGGAGGCGGGACAGCUUUCUGGAGCCAAGAAACCCAUCAUCAGUGUGGUUCUAACUGCUCACGAAGCCAUUCCAGGUGCUACCAAGAUCAUUCCAGUGGAGGCGGGGCCUCCGGAAACAGGAGCAGCAAAUCCCGAUACCACUGCGGCAGAUCUGGUGCCUCGGAGAGGGUACCAGGAAUACGCCAUUCAGCAGACCCCCUAUGAGCAACCCAUGAAGUCAAGCAGGCUAGGUCCCACCCAGCUGAAAAUCUUCACUUGUGAGUACUGCAACAAGGUCUUCAAGUUCAAGCACUCAUUACAGGCCCACCUGAGGAUCCACACCAAUGAGAAGCCAUACAAGUGCCCCCAGUGCAGCUAUGCCAGUGCCAUCAAGGCCAACCUCAACGUGCACCUGCGCAAGCACACCGGGGAGAAGUUUGCUUGUGAUUACUGCUCUUUCACUUGCCUCAGCAAGGGCCACCUCAAGGUGCACAUCGAGCGGGUGCACAAGAAGAUCAAGCAGCACUGCCGUUUCUGCAAGAAGAAGUACUCCGAUGUCAAGAACCUCAUCAAGCACAUCCGGGACACACAUGAUCCACAGGACAAGAAGGUCAAGGAGGCCUUGGACGAGCUCCGCCUGAUGACCAGGGAAGGCAAGCGGCAGCUGCUGUAUGAUUGCCACAUCUGUGAGCGCAAAUUCAAGAACGAGCUGGACCGUGAUCGCCACAUGCUGGUCCAUGGUGACAAGUGGCCCUUUGCUUGUGAGCUUUGUGGCCAUGGGGCCACCAAGUACCAGGCUCUGGAGCUGCAUGUCAGGAAGCACCCCUUUGUGUACGUCUGUGCCAUCUGCCUCAAGAAGUUCGUCAGCUCGAUCAGGCUGCGCUCCCACAUCAAAGAGGUGCACGGGCCAGCCCAGGAAGCCUUGGUUUUCACCAGCUCCAUCAACCAGAGUUUCUGCCUCCUGGAACCCGGGGGAGACAUCCAACAGGAAGCCUUGGCAGACCAGCUGCAGCUCGUGGAGGAGGAGUGUGUGUGCCAGGGGAUGGAUGUGCUCAAGGAGGAGACCUGUCCUGAGGCUGCUCAGCAGGAUGAGGGGCAAAAGGAACUGGAAGUUCCUGUUCAAAUGCCUGUGCCCUUGGCCCCCACUCAGGUGGAAAGUACUGCCCUGUCUCCCUGUGAACUGGAAACCACGGUGGUCACAUCAGAUUUGCAUUCUCUAGCUGUGGUUUCAGAUGAUUUUUUGUUGAAAAAUGAUGCCUCCUCUACUGAGGCUGCUGCUGCUGCUGCUGAGACAACCCUGGAUCCCCAGCAUGGAGGCUCAGCCCAGACUCAGGGGCAAGAAAUCACACUAUUGCUGCCCAAGGCCAAAAAUGUAGGACCCACUCAGGAGACCGAGAGUGCUGAGAGCCCACCAAGCGAGGGCCAGAAGGCAGCUGUACUUCCAGCCAGUGAACCAGAUCCUAGCAGAUGUCUCAGGUCAAACCCUGCUGAGGCUGCAGACCUCCUUCCUCAGGCGGCCGAUAGUCGGGACAUCAUGUGUUGUCCUGACUCUUGCAAACCUGCCUCUGAGCACCGGCCUGGCAGCACUGCAUUCAUGAAGGUGUUGGACAGUUUGCAGAAGAAGCAAAUGAACACUGGCUUGUGUGAGAGGAUCCGGAAGGUUUAUGGAGACCUGGAGUGUGAAUACUGUGGCAAACUUUUUUGGUACCAAGUGCAUUUUGACAUGCAUGUCCGCACCCACACCCGGGAACAUCUGUAUUAUUGCUCCCAGUGUCAUUAUUCUUCCAUCACCAAAAACUGCCUUAAACGCCAUGUAAUUCAGAAACACAGUAACAUCUUGCUGAAGUGUCCCACUGACGGCUGUGACUACUCGACUCCAGAUAAAUAUAAGCUACAGGCACAUCUUAAAGUUCACACAGAGCUGGACAAAAGGAGUUAUUCUUGUCCUGUGUGUGAAAAGUCUUUUUCAGAAGAUCGAUUGAUAAAGUCACACAUCAAGACCAACCAUCCUGAGGUCUCCAUGAACACCAUUUCUGAGGUUCUUGGGAGGAGGGUCCAGCUGAAGGGGCUCAUUGGAAAGAGAGCUAUGAAGUGCCCGUAUUGUGAUUUCUACUUCAUGAAGAAUGGCUCAGACCUUCAGCGUCAUAUUUGGGCUCAUGAAGGUGUGAAGCCCUUCAAAUGUUCUUUAUGUGAGUAUGCAACUCGUAGCAAGAGCAACCUGAAGGCUCACAUGAAUCGUCACAGCACUGAGAAGACCCACCUGUGUGACAUGUGUGGCAAGAAAUUCAAAUCCAAAGGAACACUGAAGAGCCACAAGCUACUUCACACUGCUGAUGGGAAGCAGUUCAAGUGCACAGUGUGUGACUACACGGCAGCCCAGAAGCCACAGCUGCUGCGGCACAUGGAGCAGCAUGCCUCCUUCAAGCCUUUCCGCUGUGCUCACUGCCAUUACUCCUGCAACAUCUCUGGUUCGCUGAAGCGGCACUACAACAGGAAGCACCCCAACGAAGAGUACGCCAAUGCGGGCAGCGGGGAGCUGGCAGCAGAAGCACUCAUCCAGCAAGGUGGUUUGAAAUGCCCCGUGUGCAGCUUUGUGUAUGGCACCAAAUGGGAGUUCAACAGGCACUUGAAGAACAAACACGGCUUGAAGGUGGUGGAAAUUGAUGGAGACCCCAAGUGGGAGCCAGCAACAGAAACAUCUGAGGAGCCCUCCACCCAGUAUCUCCACAUCACAGAGGCCGAAGAAGAUGUUCAGGGGACGCAGGCAGCUGUGGCUGCACUCCAGGACCUGAGAUACACCUCUGAGAAUGGUGACCGGCUUGACCCCACGGCCGUGAACAUCCUGCAGCAGAUCAUCGAGCUGGGCAGCGAGACGCACGACGCCACCGCCGUUGCCUCUGUGGUUGCCAUGGCACCUGGGACAGUGACUGUGGUGAAGCAGGUCACCGACGAGGAGCCCAGCUCCAACCACACGGUCAUGAUUCAGGAGACCCUCCAGCAAGCCUCUGUGGAGCUGGCUGAGCAGCACCACCUGGUGGUGUCCUCCGAUGACGUGGAGGGCAUCGAGACAGUGACAGUGUACACCCAGGGCGGGGAGGCCUCGGAGUUCAUAGUCUACGUGCAGGAGGCCAUGCCACCCGUGGAGGAGCAAGCCGAGGAGCAACCUGCCCAGGAGCUCUAGGGGCACCAGCAUCACACAGCAGAGCGGCCCUCCCUCUACACUCCUGUCAGUGGCCAGACAGGACCCUCCUGGUCCUCCUUGGGAUGGUCAGGGCGACUGCAUCACCAGCAACCCAGGAGCCCGUUUCCUGGCACAGGUGCCCCUGACCCUGCAGCGUCUGCUUUGGAAGGACGUGCAUCAGUGCACCUGCCUCGUCGCCCCUUGCUUCAAGUUCCAGGGACUCUGUCCCCUUCAGCAUCUUUCCCAGUCACAUCCCAGUCCUCAGCCCCCAUCUAGGUGCCCGUCCACAUCUGGCCCCGAUGUGCAGUCUGGGGGAAGGAAGACGGCCACCACACAGCAAGUGACCUUACGGUCUUGAGUCCCCACUGGGCGGGUGGGUGGGAUUGUCCUGGUGCUCUCCAGAGCCCUACUGUCCUCACGUGUGGGCGCUCGUGGUCACGUGGAAUAGCCACCACCCCUCACAGGGCCCAGCUUACCAUCUUGAGAUUCCUUUGCUUUUAGGAAAAAUGCACUUUUACUCUUCACCUGCCGUUGUGAGGCGGCGAGGUGGAUGGAAUAAAAGCAUUCCCUGCC